GCCGAGUCGCUGGUUAUGCUCUCCGUUGGGUGGCAGUGCUACGACCCCGCCAUGCCGAGCGAAGUCAUUCGCAUUAGCCAUGGUGAGACGUUGAUGAACAAGCACGGCGUGUACCGCUUCUCCAACACGCGCAACAUGCUCGUCGUGCUCGGCUGCAACACCAUGGGCACCAUUGGGAGCGCCGAAACCGCGCGCGUCGUCGACGACUUCUCCUACUACAUGGGGUGCAUGAGCUUCUGCAACAGCUCGACGAGCCCGCAGGACGGCCAGUGCGCCAGCCUCGGCUGCUGCCACGUAGACAUCCCGCCGGGGCUCACCCACAACUAUUUCAGAUUCCGGAAGUACAACCACACCGGCAUGAUGGACUACAGCCCAUGCGACUAUGCCUUCCUCGUCGACAGGAACAACUACACUUUCCAGCGCUCCGACCUCCUCAGGAACACCAUUUGGACCUCGCCGGUGUGGUUGGACUGGGCCAUUCGCGGCCGCGACGACUCCACCUCAUUAUCAUGCGCCGAAGCGGCCAAGGCCACGACCACGGGCAACUCGUAUGCCUGCGUGAGCAAUCAGAGCUACUGCGUCGACGCCAUCAAUGGGCCUGGUUACAAUUGUAACUGCUCCAAAGGCUAUGAGGGCAACGCCUACCUUGUCGACGGGUGCACCAAUAUAGAUGAAUGUGCAGAUCCAGCAACGUAUCCUUGCAAAGGAGUAUGCAAGGACACCGAAGGAUCUUACGAAUGCACAUGUCCUCAUGGUUAUGGGAGCGAUGACUCAACAAGGCAACAUUGUACUCCAACGUUCCCACGUGCUGCACAGAUUUCCAUAGGUGUAACAUGUGGUAUUCUUGUCAUCACAUUUAUGGCAUUUGUCGUUAUUAUUCGAAAAGAGAAGCGGAACAGUAGAGAGUUUUAUGAGAAAAAUGGUGGUCUUACCUUAGAGAAGGCUAAAGUUAUAAAGCUUUACAAAAAAGAGGAGCUCAAGUCAAUUUUAAAGAGUAGCAAUUUGAUAGGAAAAGGCGGUUUUGGUGAAGUUUACAAGGGUGUUCUUGGUAGCAUAGAAGUCGCAGUAAAGAAACCAAUUAGUGGCAAUGUGCUGGAGAACAAGCAAUUUGCAAAUGAAGUCAUCAUCCAGUCUCAAGUCAUCCAUAAGAACAUCGUUAGGCUCAUAGGUUGCUGCCUAGAAGUGGAUACCCCCAUGCUAGUGUACGAGUUCAUCUCCAAAGGAAGCUUCCAUGACAUUCUUCAUGAGUUUGACAAGAGGGAGUCUCUCAGCUUGGAUGUGCGCCUAAGAAUUCUUGCAGAAUCAGCACAUGGUCUAGCUUAUAUGCAUUCACAAGCCCAUAUCAAAAUCCUCCACGGUGAUGUUAAACCAGCAAAUAUACUCUUGGAUGACAAUUUUGUGCCAAAGAUUUCAGACUUUGGCAUAUCUAGGUUGAUUGACAAGGACCACACUGCAAACGUCAUUGGUGACAUGACGUAUAUGGAUCCAGUAUACCUACAAACAGGCCUUCUAACUGAAAAAAGUGAUGUCUAUAGUUUUGGGGUUGUCAUCUUAGAGGCCAUCAGCAGGAAGAAGGCCACUCACUCUGACAAUAACAGCUUAGUAACAAGCUUCCUUGAGUGUCACAAAGAUGGGAAGGAAGUAACUGGUGGGAAGAAAAUAACCAAGUUGUUUGAUGAGGAAAUUGCAGCACUAGGAGAUUUGGAACUUCUAGUCACUUUGGCAGGGAUUGCUGUGAAAUGUCUUAACCUUGAUGUGGAUCAAAGGCCAUCAAUGACAGAUGUCGUCGCGCACCUUGACACAUUGAACCAGGCUCAGGCUGGCGGGGCCGCCCAUUUGCAGGACCCCAAAUUUGAAAAAAUAGGAUAUGACGUAAUCCAGCAGCCUUCAGAGAUCGAACUCGCGACCUUGCGCUAGCCAGAAAGAAAAACAGCCAUCUCGACCAUUCGCAUCAGGUCACAUGGUAAAGGAAUAAUUUUUUGAUGAGUACUAGUACAGUACAGGUAUACGAGCACGCUACUUCUGGUAGAUGUUUCGAGAUGUUUAACUCCAUAUGUAGCAUUC